AUGAUCCGUCUUCCGUAUCUGCCGCUGGAGCUGGUGGCGGCGCACAUCCUGCUCCGUCUCCCCGUCGAGACGCUGCUGCGGUUCAGGUGCGUCUGCAAGGCAUGGCGCGACGCCGUCGACGACGCCUCGUUCCGCCGCGCGCACCUCCGCCGGCAGAAGCCUUGCCUGCUCAUCUCGCCGCAGAUCGUAAAGACUUUACCAGGGGAGGUGACCACCGGAGGCUUAUACCUGUGGCUGUGGGGGGAGAGCCAGAAGGAGGAGGCCACCCUCGUCCACGCCAUGUCGGGCCCUUCCUUCCUCCCCCGCGCUGCCGCCGGUCCAUGGGAGGUGGCGGCGCACGACCUGGCGCACUGCGACGGCCUGGUCCUGGUGCCCGCGUACUCGGCGGUGCACCUGCUCAACCCGGCCACGCGGCGCGCCGUCACGCUGCCCCCGAGCCUGCACCGCCCUCACGUCGUCGGCAGGCCGCGUGCUAUAGGCCACCAGGCCUUGGGCCUCGGCCUUGACCCUCGCUCCAACGCCUACAAGGUCGCUCGCUUCUCCUACCGCUCAUCGGACAAGCCCUCCGGCCACGGCCGCUACACCAUCGGGAUGGAGGUGCUGACCGUCCGAAUCCCACACUACUGGCGUGAGACGUCAACGCCACCGCCGUACCCCGUCAUGCCGGGUCGAACAGCGACCUUCUUCAAGGGCUCCUUGUUCUGGACCAUCGACGAGUCGCUGUUCCAAGACGCGACAACGGUUGCCCCCGGGUUCAUGCGCUUCAGGCUGGACGACGAGUCGUUCGGCGUCACGCCGCCCCCGCCCUGCCGCCGGAGGAUCGACUAUCAGGCCAUCACCUUAUCGGAGCUGUCCGGCGAGCUGUGCCUGUGCGUGCCCCAAGAGUUUGUGCCUGACCAAGUCGACGAGUCGUACGAGCUGUGGGUGUGCCACGGCAUGGAUGACGAUGAACAAGGACAAGGUCCACGGUGGGAGCGUCGUCACGUCAUCGUCGGGUACCCCGUUUUUCCAGGCUUCAGAGGCCUUCGUCCAGUGGCAGCGGAUGCUGACUCCAUAUUGCUCUAUGGCGGGACGUCCUGCCAUCUCUGCCGCUGUCAUCGCCAGACUCAAGAAACUAUCUCUAGGUUUUAUGCCGAUGUCCACCAUCUCAGCUAUCACCACCCGGAUAGCGGCACGCUAGUUGACUACAAAAAUAACGUAUGUGACUUCAACAUCACCGCCUACACUCCAAGCCUGCUUCCGCUUUAG